ACGUGGAAGCUGUGCUGCUGCUGGGGACAGAGGCUCUCCAUUGUCAGCAAGAGCAGAGCAGCUGUCAGGGGCCAGGCCAGGUCCCUGGGGCGGUGGUGAGGGGCCCCACCGCAGAACGGGUGUGAGGAGCUGUCACUGACUCUUCUGGGGGUGUGUGUGUGUGGGGGGGUGUCCCCUUCUGUUGUGGCUCAGGUGCAAAGAGAGGGCUGCCCCAGCCCCUGCGGAAGGGGCACACAAUGAGCUCCCAAGAGGAUCAGUUCCAACAAGCAGCCCCUGCCCCAGCUGCCUCUUCGGCGGACGAUGGCAUGACUUGGUGGUACAAGUGGCUGUGCAGGAUCGCCGGUGUCAUCGGGGGCGUGUCCUGUGCACUUGCCGGCCUUUGGAACUGCGUGACCAUCAACCCCCUGAACAUAGCGGCUGGGGUGUGGAUGAUGUUAAAUGCCUUUAUCCUGUUCCUGUGCGAGGCUCCAUUCUGCUGCCAGUUUAUCGAAUUUGCAAACGCCGUGUCUGCGCGGGCGGAUAAGCUGCGGCCCUGGCAAAAAGCUGCCUUCUACUGUGGGAUGGCCGUGUUUCCAGUCAUACUCAGUCUGACGCUGACCACGUUACUGGGAAAUGCUAUCGCUUUUGCAACAGGAGUGCUGUACGGCUUGUCAGCGCUUGGCAAAAAAGGGGAUGCCAUUUCCUAUGCAAGAAUCCAGCAACAGCAGAAGCAAGCGGAUGAGGAGAAGCUAACAGGGACUCUGGAGGGGCAGGCACUGUAGAAUUCUCUCCUGGGUCACGCUCCUGCGGAACCACGUCCUGCCGGCACUGAGACUUUAAAAACACAGUGGCAAUCCAUUCUGACACGAAUCUGAUCACUCUUCUAUCAGCUCCUCGGUGAACUUUCCAAACACUGCAGCAACUAGAAUUCUAAGGGGCAAGAGAUGACACUUUGCUCUCCAAAAUAACCUCGAAAGAGCCUCACAUGGAGGCGUCUCAGUCUGUGAGUAUUGCACAUUGCAGCUGGAAGACGCAGGUUUCACUGGGAAGAAACCUCUUGUGUGAUUAGCUGCCCUGCCCAGCCCAGGUUAUACCCAGAACCAAAGAUCUGAAAAUCCCUUUUUGCCACCAGGUGUGUGUGACUUAAAUCUCAGCUGACUCUCCAAGUGCUGCUUAGCAAAGCUGAUAGGAUGUGUGCAUUCCUCAGCAAGGUCCCUAGUUCACCACGGGGGAUCGAGAUGUACAGUGGGGUUUUUGCUGGCCAUAAUUUCACUUGCAGGCUAAUCUGGGCAUUGGCUGAGAAGAGAUGGAAGACGUACCAGGAGCCCUGCGUUCUGGAUACCUGGCUUCUGGAAGGUGAAUUGGGAACCCUGGGCAAGCUCUUACCAUCCCAGCUGAGAUGCAUUCCCCCAUUUCCAAGGUGCACUAUGGGGCCAGUUGCUGGUCCUACUGAAGUGAUUGGGAGGUUGCCCAUUGGCCCUUGCAAAAAGUCUGGCUUUUUGUGCAUUACAAGUCUUCAGUGGUGCUCUGUGGUAUGGAUUUUUAAGGGUGUACUAUGCUAAUCUAAGGUUUAAUGAUAUACAGUAGUGCUGAUGGCUGGAUGGAUUGUGUUAGGAACUAAUUGAUCCUUGGUGUUGCUUUAUUUUAGGGUUUUAGAUUAGGGGCAGUUAGGUCAGGAAUUACUGCCAUGUAGCAAAACACCUUUGACAGCACAAAAGUAACUUAAGACAAUAACAAACCCUCCAGAGACCUGAUUGGAAGCCCACAGAAGUUAAUGGAAAGACUCCCACAAUCUUGGAUGGAUUUUGGAUCAGGUCCUAACAUGUGUAGAGCGCAACCUCCACAUCCCUCUGCGUGGGCAGGGAGCGCCUGCGUUGCACAGAGGCCUUGAACCAGAUCAGCUCCUCAGUUUGUCUCUGUAGGGAUUUUUUUUAAUUUUCCUGUUACCACUCACCCUUUCACUGGAGGAAAAGGGGAGUAAGAAUUUCUUUCCCUCAGCAGAAAUGAGGGUAACAUUCCUUGAGCUGAGCAGGAUUUUGCUAGUCCUGUCCAUUUAAACUGUGACAUACAGUAACUGGUAUGAAGGAAGGUCCCUUGCUCAGGUGCCCAGAUCUGAUUUGGAAUCUUAAACCUCCUUAGGUACUCUUUCUCCUACUGCCUCUCCAUGCAGAGUCAGUACCUACGGACGUGGGACAUAUCCUUUUUUUCUGUCCCACGCCGACAUUAGCAUUUCGGUGCAUGCCAAAAAGCAGGUGGCUUGCAACCCCCCAUAUUGCUGCUGCGUGGGCAGGUGGCAAGCUUUUCCCUGCCGCGUUGGGAUGCCUCAGAUCUGGGAAGCGUUCUACGCUGCAUCCGCCCGGUAAAAUUUGCUUAGGAAUCUCUAAGAUGAACCAACUCACUUUAUACCAUGGAAUUUGUGUCCUGCUCUAAUAAUGCUCUUGUGUCCCUGCCGCUGCCCUAUCAUCAUGUGUCGCUGAGAGGAUAGUCUGUCAGGUUGUAGUGCACUUGCACAGAGUCAGGUGCAUUUGUUGCAUCCAGCAGCAAGGACACUGCCAGCCCAUUCCAGCUCAUAUUGUUCUCCCCUAGUUAACUUUUCUGUCCCAAGUUGCUCCUACUUUAAAGAGGCCGUGCUCAUGAAUGGACCCUCUGACUCGUCCAACUAGACACUACUUCCUGUUUGCAGCUGUUGCCUCCCAUAGCACGCUUUGUGACCAUUUGAUUUCCUUUUAAACUGUGAAAGUAAAGGCCUCAUCCUGUCCUGGAGCCACUAGACAAAGUGCAGAUAAAAAUAACAUUAACUCUAACCUGGUGCCUUGGAACUUGAGCCCAGAUUCUGCGCUCUGAGUAAUCCAGAUUAAUUCCACUGAGCUCAGCGGAUGACUCUGGAGUUACACUGGUUUAGCUGAGAGCAAAAUGUGGCUCUUCGCUCGCAGAAGAAAAAGGCGACAUAAUAGCUUUGUGGGUUUUAACAAGCUAUAACUGUACACUACACUUGAGAAGUCUUUCACAUCCUACAGGUGUAACCAAAUGAAUUCAACUGUUUGUUAUCACUUCCUGUUUUACUCUGCUGCUGUGCACGGUUAAACUGCUGCCAUGUGCUAUCCCAGAGGUGGCUACAUUUUAAAGCAGGGCUUGAGGAUUCUCGGUGGUGCAGUUUUGGGAUCUUCCUGGCAGGGGGGAAAAAGGCUCUUUAGUAAUUAAUAUGCAUCAUACCCGCUUUCUACUUGGGCACACAGGCUCUGAUCCCGCUCCUGUUCAGCUCAGUGGUGAAACUCCCAUUGACACUGUGGUGUAGGAUCAAAUUCACAUUCACCAGUUUUGUACUGGAUGGACGACAGAACUCGCUUCCUCUAUAUAACAUUCUACAUAAACAGUGCCCUAAUC